ACUUCCUGGGCGGCAUCAUGAUCACCAUCUGCGGCGUCUGCGUCUUGCUCGUCAAGGUGGACUCCGAUGGCAAUGGAGACGGCCGAAGGUCGACGGCGGUGAAGGCAGUCGACCGCCCCAUGGACGAGCUGCUGGACCAGAAGAGCAGGGACAAGGAACGGUUCGAGACGGACUUCACGUUCCAGCAGAUGAAGUGGGCGACCGAGGGGGACGGCCCCAAGGCGAACGAGCUGCGCGCGUUCCGCGACUUCCGUGAGUGCCAGGAGGCGAUCGUUGAGCUGCUGGUGUCCGCCCGCAAGUCGAUUUACUACUCGACCUUCUUGUGUGACUUCACGCAGGUCCUCCACACGACCAAUGAGGAUCACAAGGACAACACGUUCGUGUCGCUACUGCGCGACGCGGUGAACCGCGGCGUCGACGUACACAUCUUGUACAACCCCGUGCGCGACUACGGGACCAACUCGAUCGCUGAUCUUCGCCUCAUCUUGCCGCCGGAAGUGCACUUCGCCUGCUCUGUCAGCGACCUCGGCCCGAGCUGGUUCACGCGAUACCUGUCCAACAACUCGCGGUACGCGUUCCACCACCAGAAGUACCUGUGCAUCGACGAGGAGACCAUCAUGGCCACGGGCUGCGACGUGAACACGGAACGUGAGGGCUGGCUGCGCAAGAACCAUCUCGGCUACUACUGGCACGAGCUCAGCGUCAUCUGCCGCUGUACGUCGGAUAUGGUGAGAUGGAUCCACGCUAACCACGAGCCGGCCGAGAAGAAGCGCUACUACGACCAGUUCAUGGAGUCGCCCCCGUUCCCGCUCGUGUCUGGAGGCUGGAGAGAGGAAAACUGCAUGGUCAACAUGAUCAUGAACGCCAAGCACUCGGUGCAGCUGGAGAGCCAAAUCAUGAUCUCUGGCGGCUCGCUGCAGCACAACCGCAUCUGCCCUGCGAUCGUGGCGCGUAUUAGUCAAGCUCAUCGCAAGGGGGAGCCAUUCCACGCGCUCAUUCUGACUAACGCCGCUCAGAAAGACGAACCAUCGUUCCUGGCUCGCACGUACUGCACACUGUCCAUUCAGUGGUCGCUCGAGCAGCUUGAGGACUGCGCGUUGGCGUACGGCCUCACAUUGGAUGAGUUGUGGCAGCACCUUCAAGUCGGCCGUCUCGAGCAUGACGGUGUGCUGAUCAAGGUGCAUUCCAACAUCCUCAUUGUGGACGGGAAGUACGCGCUGAGGUCGUCGUCGAAUCUGGCCGACCGCAGUCUGAGCGCGCGUCCGAACGACACCGAACUGGGUCUCCUCUUCUCGGGCCCCUGCGUGAACAAGCUGCAGCAAGACCUUCUCAACAUGUACCUGGGCACGACAGGCGAGAAGUACUCGUGGACUCAAGUGUUCGAGCGCAUCAGGGGUACACCCAUGACCAAGCCAACCGGGGUCAUAAAGCCGUUGGAGAAGAAGACGUGGAGUCCCGUGUUCACGUGGUUCAUGAUGAACGUCUUCAUCUACCUGAGCGAAGGCGCCACAGGCGGCAGGGUCAAGGUGACGUACGAAACCACCGUCAUUGGCGAAGACAGGCACGAGUUCGAGACUUAAGAGUGCUUGCUAUGCUAGAAAGAUAUCGCUGGGGAUACUUACUGCAACUUACAUGUUACUUUCAAGUGUUAUUGCCUCCAAUACAACUCGCUAAUAGCCCAUUUCCUUGAUGAGGGUUUUGUAGCUCGCCUCUCCAUGCGCGGUCGCCUUCGUCUCUGCAGUUGGCGCCGAUCUGGACGCGACAAAGCACCGCCGAUCGUUAGCUGCGCAGAAACCAAUGAGAGAACUACAACACAACGCGAAGUUUGCACGUACGUCUUCUUUGAGGGAAGGCCCAUGCCUAAACGUUCUAGCAGCUCAUUUCGCGCAGUGCGCACCUGGGAAAUCUGUGGGUUAACGUAACAUACAACGUUGUCAGUUGAUAUCGGUGCGGGCGUCUCGAGUCCAAUGAAGCUGCGAUCUUACCGAAGCGUCCCAUGCUGUGUCACUCAAGAUCUCGACCACGGCAUCGUACUGGAGACACAACACCAUAUAAGUGCACGCAGAGGAAAAAAACUGCGCACUUGUAUCGAGCCACCAACCUUUUCCUCGUCAAUGAUCUCAUCGUGAAGAAGCAGCCGCGUGUAAAGUUUCUCCGCGGUCAGUUUCCGCACCUUGGGGAAUUUGUGCCCAAGGAACAGCACCAGAGCUCGCAAAGUCUUGGAUUCUGUCUCGGGGUCACUUGGAAGCAAACCAAUCAGCACGCUAAUCGCAGCACUAAGCUUUGGGACUGCCGUGCACUUCUGAAUUUCGUCGCGUAGAGCUGUGUACAACUGUUCCCCAAAGUCGGUUGCAGCCGUAACACUUCCAUCUUCCGCCGUCCGCUCUUCAAACAGAAAGCGUAGCAGGUUCGACUCCAGCAGCAGCGCCAUCGUCUUCAUGAGGGGAAUUGUAACGCGGUCGUCCUGGUGGUGUCGUGUCAGCAGCGUCACCAAGAAAAAGCUGAACCGACUCAGCAACCCGAAGUCUUUCGCCUGCAAAUGUGCGCGCACCCACUCAAAGAGAGCGUUCUUGGAAGCCUUCACGACACUCUCAGUCAAUCCUCCCACGCUGAUAACCAGGCCCGCCGCAACUUCUUCCAUGAGUUCCGGAAUAUCCAUCAUCUUCACGACCAGGGGAAACGUGUCGUGCGCCAUGGACCAGUUCACAGUCAGGUUAGGCGGGAAUAUCUGGUUCUCGAGCUGGAAACGGUCCGGGAUGCCGUUGACGCGGGCACUGGCUGAGUGUAGUAAUCGGAACAAAAUACUUCCAGCUGUCAUCCUCAUGUUGUCAAGCUUCUCAGCUAAUUGCUUCGCCAACGCUCCGAACUGUACAUGAACGCAAGGACAAGGUGCACGUUAGUUUCAAGCAACGCAGUGACCACAAGUAGCGCAGCUUACAACUGCGCCCACAAGAUCUGGCGACAACCGUCGAGCAAAUGGCAGUGACGAUGCUGAAUUGGGCCUCUUGGUCUCUGCUGCAAGUUGCAUGCGGUCGGCAAUGUCCGGCAUUUGAAACUCCGCCCUGCUGACACAAUUGCCGUCGGAGUUCAUAGACAGCUUCUCUGCGCGAAGUAGACCGACUCCGUUGGGGCCAAAGUAGUAGUAGCCCAGCGCCGGUUUCUCGAAUCUAACGCAGCAUAGCGGGUCCGAAUCCGACACACCGCUGAUUUCUUCAAUCUUGCGCUUUCGCUCCGAAAAUCCGUCGACAAUCACACCUUGACCGUACUCCGUACUCACGACUGCCCCAACAAGACGAAAGUGCUGGUUUUGUGCGUGCGUGCUCUCACCAAGCAGCAGCUUCUCCAAGCCCAGCAUUGCCUCUUUGCGAACCCAGGAGCCGACAUCUCCACGCUCGUCUAGCCGAUAGUCUUGAUGGAUACACCGAACGAGCGUCUGCACAACCGCAUCUUCCAUGCCGUGGAGAUCAACUUCAUUUGGCGGUCGGGAACUCAGGUCUACGAG